GGGAGCGCGGCGGGUGUCGGGGGGUUGCGCGUCCGCCCGUACGCGCUCUGGUGGAUUCUGAACAUUUCCCUGUCUCUCAGUUUGUAUGAAGAUGUGAAUAUUUGUCAUAUAUGCUGUUGGAUGACUGUUUUGCUAAAGCAAUGGCUUCUCAAGAAUUUACUGUAUUAUACACUCACCAAAAAGUGAAAAAAUCAAAAACGUGGCAAGAUGGAAUUCUGAGGAUUAGAACUGGUGGAAAUAAGGCUAUCUUGUUUGAUGAUAAAGGACAAUGUUUGGAGAGUAUUUUUAUAAAAUCUCAGGUGAAUGCUGGAGAUAAUUUAGAAAGUGAACGAUAUUUGAUCACAGUUGAAUCAUUAAAAGGGAAUGAAAAAUCUUUUGAAGAUCAGCCGAGGAAAGCAGAAACUCCAGCAGUGGAUAGAAAUGGUGAAGAACCUGGUGUUCUGCCUCCAAGACGUCCACCUGUUGGCUUAAAAAGGAAGUUUAUAGGUUUCCAAGGGCCACGCCAAGUUGAAAAGAAAAUAUCAGCAAUGGAAGAUGGAGAAAAAACAACUAUAUUGCCUUUAUCUCGGCACCAUCAGGGUACUUUUCAAUCCAAGUUCUAUAUUACCUCUCCAUUAUUUUCUACAAUUUGCAAGAAGGAGACAGAAACAAAUCUAUCUGCAGAGUUUUAUAAAGAUGUGUGUACAGAUGACGAGAGAGAACACAUGUCUCUCUCCUCACUGCUUUCAGCUCCUUUUCUUGACAGAUGUGAGGAGACAGAGACACGAAACCCUGAUCAGUCCCUUGUGAAGCCAGAUUCUCCUCUAAUUCCUGGGCGUGCCCAAUCUAGUAAUCAGGCAGCCGGUCACACAGCAGUGUCACACAACAUCAGGAGCACAGCACAGAUAAUAGCUCUUUUGAAUUCUAAACGAACACAAGGAUGCAGUGAGCAAACAAUGUCUGAAGUCACAGAAUGUCCUAGGUAUCAGGCAUCGAGCACAGAUAGUUUCGAUAACCAAAAAAGCACAACCCUACCUGCUUUAUCAGGCAACCCUGCCAAAAGACUCAUUCAGCACCUGCCUUUUAUGAAGGGAACUGUAAGUGACAGAAAGGACUGGAAUGCUGGAAUGCUUCUAAAUUUAGCUGAACAACCUUGUAAUAAUGAAGUCACAGGACAGAGGGACGACAAAAAGGCAGAUAAUUUGAGUCAAGAGUUACAUGAUCCCUGCAAUACAAAUAGUUGCUUUCUACCUGAAUCCACCAUAAGUAUAAUAAGUGACAGUCAGUUUGUCGCAUCCUCAGGUGACAUACCACGUUCAGCAAGUCCAGUCACCUUUGAAAGAAAUCUCCCCACAUACAGGGAGCAUUCAGGGACUAAUGGUCUUAAGGAGAAUUCAUCUGUGAAGUUGCAAAGUGACCUUCAGCCAAGACAAAAUUCACAAGGAGUGCCUAGUGACCUGGGGCUCUCUCUGGGCAUACCAUUAACUGAAAGUGGAAUUGUAGAGGAGGAAUUAAGUAUGCAUGGUGAAGACUGUGGUCCAGAUGAACAGGUGAUGGAGGUUAACUUUAAUCUAAUAGAGUCUUUUGAUUUUAACGACACAGACAAUGAAGACCUGUGUGAAAGAGAGGUAAAUAAGCUUGCUGAAGGAGACAUGCUUUCACAAGGUCCAGAUUGCUUAAAGGGAGAAGAUGUAGUACAAAAUGCUGCAUUGAGUCUUCAUUCUUGCUGUGAAUUAGUGACACACAGGAAAACCGAAGUCAAAUGUUCAACAUUUGAUGGAGAGAAUGAUGGAAAUCACUGCACUGGGGGUCUACCAUCUCAGCUUUGUGACAUCAGUGUCAGAGAGACAGGGAGAAUUGCAGAAGACUCUGCAGACCAGACCAGAAUUGAAGUGGAACUUUUGGGUGAUGGACGCAACAUAAAAGAGAUUAAUGAAAGCCGAUUAAGUAUUGAAGCCACAAACAAUAAGAAGGAUCUUAAUGGGUGUGCACUGCAUACUGUUAAUGGUGUAUCAUGGAUAAAAAGCAAGCACUCUGAUCUUUUGCCUGGUGACACAGAUGUUAAUGAAUGUGACCCUAAAACCAGUAUGUUUGAGAAAACUGAAAGUACUUCAUGUAUUUCUACCAGUAGAAUAAUUCCUGCAAUGGACAAAAGGACAGAAGAUGAUGUCAUACAGCUUGGAUGCAGGAAGGCCCCAGGUGGUGUUUUAGAACACUUCUGGGGUACUAAGAGUGAUGACAUUAAACCAGAGAGUCCUUUGCUGGCUUUGUCACAGAAAUCACAUCCUUGCUAUGGCUCAUUCCAGUAUAGUGCAGAAGACCAUCAAAAGCCCAACUGUGUGGACAGUUUAUUACAAAAAACAGAGGCAUGUAUUCUACCAAUAGCAGUGGCCCAAAGAGACCCCAGGACAUCAGACUGCCAACCAAAGUCUCCAGGUUCAAGAAGUCAUCAUAAGGAUGAUAUCAACUUUAUCAGAGAAGAGAAUUUUCAAAAGAUGUCUAACAUUAUUAAAGAGUCAAGAACAGAUCAGUCCCCACUGGCAUUGAAUGUGUAUUCUGAAGUUCCACCACGGACAAUGUCUGGCUCACCUUUACGUUCUGCUCCAAGACAAGCACAGUGGACUUCAGGGGGACCUGACAAGAUGAUUUCAUCAGUAGAACUGACUUCCACACUUGAUCCAGACUCUACGAUUUCUCCAGCUUCAGGAAGUGAGGAAAUUAUUGGAGACAUCCAGGAGCCCCUAAUACAUGGGAUCUUGCCAAGUGAACCAGAACUUUCAGAAAUGUUUCUGACACGGGAGAAAUCCAGCUACCCAGAGGAAUGCAGCCUCUCAAGAAUCAAACCCACAGUUAAAACACGAACUCCCUUUGUCACUCUUCCUGUCGCUGAGAGGAUUUCGGAUGCAGUUUAUCCAACUGACAGUGAGGACGUCCAGCAAUCUUUUGGCUCUUCAGCAGCCCAUUUAGGCAGCAAGUCAGUGGUAUUUCCUAUUAGUGCUUUUGGCCCUGAGGACAGAAAUUAUGAAACCUCUGUGUUUGGACAGUAUACGGAAGACACAGAAAGGGAAUCCGUACAACCAGUGUUCCCUAAUGUGACUUCACAAUAUAGACAAAGCAAGUGGCUAAAAUAUCAAAACAGUACUCAGUGUGACUCGAUAACUCAAAACAGCGAUGAUGGGGAGGUGACUGAUGACAUCUGUGCUGAGAACAUCUUUGGAAUGCUGCGGGGUGACACAGGGGAGAGCAGUGCUGUGAAUAAAAGUGCUCCCGGCUCUGCACCUCUGCCGGCGGCAGAGAGCACGCUUGGUAAACGCUGUGCCAAUACCAACAACAGAGAUUUGAUUUCAGAGAGGAAGUUACUUUCUCUGCACUUAAGUCAGACACCUUUGGCUGAAGCAACACAAAAGGUGUUAAGUCAUCUGAGCUGCCACACUGUAACAGGAGAUGGCCAGGACAUAAUGAGUACUGACUUGUUUUUUCCUAAUGUGGAUAAAGUAAAGUAUGCUAAUCUUCCUAAAAGAAAGAUUUCCAUACCAACCGUGUUUCAGUCUCAUGUUCAUUACAAACAGAUUUUUAAAGCUGCUCUAACAGAGCAAUUAAACAUAAUGCUAUUUGAGUUGUCACAAAGAUUACACAAUGCUCUUUCAAAAGUGGAUGUAUCAUUUUACACUUCGUUGAAAGAUGGGCAAAGUGAGAGCAAAGCAAGCUGCGUUCCACUCUGCAAUCACAUGCAUCCUGCUAAGCUUGUUAUGGUUAAAAAAGAAGGUCAAAACAAGGGUCGGUUCUUCUAUACCUGUGAUGCCCCAAAAGCUGAGCAGUGUUCAUUUUUCAAGUGGAUAGAAGAUGUGAACCCUGCACAGAUAAAAUCCAGGCCUAAUGUAGUGUUUCAUGAUAUAAAAAGUAUUGGGACAUUCCUCAGGAGUCAAAAGAUUUCUCUCUAUGAGGGAUGCCAGCUUUUUGUGAGGAAAGCCUUUGAAAUUCAGACACAGCAGUGUAGUAAGUUCAAGAAAUAUAUGAAUAUACCUGCCAGAUUUGAUGGUGAUUCCAAACCCAAAUUAUACCUCAAACUAAGCAAAAAGGAACAUUAUUCUCUCUAUAGCAAAGAUGAUAUUUGGGUUGUUUCGAAGACUCUGAACUUUGAUCACCUUGAUACUUUCAUUGCAAGUAGUGCUUUCUUUGGACCAUCCUCCAACAAUGAAGUAGAAUUACUACCGCUGAAAGGCUACUGUCCCUCAAACUGGCAAUCAAAUAUGUUUGUUCACGCCUUGCUGGUUUGUAAUGCUAGUGGUGAGCUUACAUCCUUAAGAAAUAUGGAGGAGCACUUCAAUCCAUCUACAUUACCACUAAUACCAUAUCUACUAAAAAUGAAUUUUGAUUCUGAAAAAACUACUAAUAGAGUCAACAAAAGAAAAUUUAUUCCACCUGCUAUCAACCUGAAACGCACCAUGAUGUAUGGACCUGUCAGCACUGAAGUGGCGAUGGGACUAGCUAAAAAGAUGAUCCAAGCGUUCUCAUUGAACCCGGAUCAAGCUACAUCACUGAUUCAGAUUGCUCAGAUGAUGACCUCAUGUGAAAACACCAAACCAGUGGAAGAACAUCCGAUCUUCCCUAUCACAAUCAUACGUGGUGUUUUUGGAGCUGGAAAGAGCUAUCUGCUGUCUGUUGUGAUCUUGUUCCUAGUACAGCUCUUUGAAAGCAGCGAAGCUACAGAGGGUCCAAGACCAGCUCCAUGGAAACUUCUGAUUGCUGCUUCCACCAACAUUGCUGUUGACAGGGUACUGCUGGGUCUACUUGAUCUUGGAUUUGAGGAUUUUAUCAGAGUGGGAAGUAUUAGGAAAAUCACCAAAGCAAUUCUUCCCCAUAGUUUACACGCUGGCUCAGGAAAUGAAAAUGAACAGUUAAAAGAGCUGCUUGCUCUCAUGAAAGAAGAUUUAACUCCAGCUGAAAAAAUAUGUGUAAGGAAGAGUAUUGAGCAACAUAAACUGGGGACCAAUAAAACUAUACUGCAACAGGUAAAAGUGGUCGGAGUGACCUGUGCUGCCUGCCCGUUCCCUUGUCUGAAUACUCUGAAGUUUCCUGUAGUGAUGCUGGAUGAGUGCAGUCAGAUGACUGAACCCGCUUCCCUCCUUCCUAUUGCAAGGUUUCAGUGUGAGAAGCUAGUCCUUGUUGGAGACCCUAAGCAGCUACCGCCAACUAUUCCAGGGUCUGAGAGUGUUCACGGAAAGGGGUUGGAGCAGACCCUCUUUGACCGGCUUUGCUUAAUGGGACAUAAAACAAUACUACUUCGGACACAGUACCGAUGUCACCCUGCUAUUAGUGCCAUAGCCAACGAGCUGUUCUAUGAAGGAAAUCUGAUAGACGGUGUUUCCGAGAAAGACAGAAGUCCUUUAUUGGAUUGGCUUCCAACACUAUGUUUCUAUAGUGUUAAUGGGGUAGAGCAAGUUGAAAGAGACAACAGCUUUUAUAACAUGGCAGAAAUUCAUUUUACAGUCAAGCUCAUCCAGUCUCUGAUUGCAAGUGGAAUAGAAGGAUCUGCGAUUGGUGUGAUUACUCUGUAUAAAUCACAGAUGUGUAAGAUUCAGCACUGGCUUAGCGGCGCACACUCGGAGGCUUUUGAAGUUAAAACUGUCCAGGUGUCCACUGUAGAUGCCUUCCAAGGAGCUGAGAAGGAGAUCAUUGUUUUGUCGUGUGUGAGAACAAGACAAAUUGGGUUCAUAGACUCAGAAAAGAGAAUGAACGUUGCACUAACAAGAGCAAAGAGGCAUUUGUUGAUUGUUGGAAAUCUGGCCUGUUUAAGUAGGAACAGGCUGUGGGGAAGAGUAAUUCAUCACUGCAAAGGAUGGGAAAAUGGAUUACAGCAUGUAAGCCAGUGUGAGCAGCAGCUAAACGACAUUCUGAAGUGUUAUUUGGAGAAACGGAAGGAAGAAGAACAGAAUAAGAAAAAGUGAAAUGUGUGCCUAUUUUAUGAAGAAGAUACUAAUUGUGUGUCUAUAAAAAUUAUCAGAAUGAUUGCAAAUCUAGUAUUUAUAUUUAAUGUGGGAAAUUUUUGUGUCUCAGUGCACCGAUACUUCUGUUUUGACCCCUUGUUUGUAUGACUAAAAGUGAAUAAAGUGGCUUUAUCUGCUUGAUAACUGAAAUCCUUUUAUGCUUACAAAGUUCCUAAUUGUAUUAUUAGUGUUUCACUAUUCUUCAGGUUAGAUACACAUGUAAAAUCAUCUCUUGGAACAAUUCUGUCAUCUUGCAUAUUUACAAAUCAGUAAUUUCUUCAAAUGAAUAUUGUGUGUCCUUGGUUUAUUAAAUCUUUGGAUGUCGACAAAAUAAAAUGAGAAAGACUGA